GUUCAUUUGUACAGGUAUCGUAUCUAUACAAAUGAAACUGAAUUGGGAUCAGAUCCAAAGAUUUCUGUUCGGAUCCAUUUGUGAAAGAAUAGAGUGAAUGAUACAAAGAUUUUUGUCUAUAUAUAUGGUAUGGAGGAGAAAAGAAGGAUGUGGAAAACAAGACAUGGAUUUUGUACAAUGACACUGUACAACAAUUUGGAAAAGGGAUGUAGCGCAGCUUGGUAGCGCGUUUGUUUUGGGUACAAAAUGUCACGGGUUGUCAUCCCUACCUAUUCUUUCUCCUAUGCACAGUGACGAGAGAUUCAUUGAGUAAGAUCGGUUCAAAUUGGACAUCAUCUUUCAUUUUGACAUACUCUAUGUACGCAAGACCCCUCGGGGGUCAAAAAAUCCUUUUCUUGACAAUCGUAUCUACUGUGAUAAGAAAGCGCUCUUAGUUCAGCUCGGUAGAACGCGGGUCUCCAAAACCCGAUGUCGUAGGUUCAAAUCCUACAGAGCGUGAUUCCUUUUAUGUUCUGUCGAAUUCCAAUGAAAGAACUUCACAAAACAAAGUCGAAUUGCAACUGAAAUUUGACCUCCUCCCUCUAAACUACAACCUAGACGUCCAUUGAUAAGAGGUAUGUCUCCCUGUAGGCACUUAUCCCAAACUUGACCUAAGGUACUUUUCUAGACUCCGCGGAAACCAUGGAAAGCAAACAAGUUGACCAGUUAGACGAGCGGAGGAUGAAGUUUGAUCAUUAGACGAUUGAAACGGGUACUACAUGAAAUCGGUCUACGAGACUCAGUCCUGAACUCCAGAAGCAAGAAUGGACGGAUGCCCGAGGAGUUCUGUUCUACCGUUGACGACAGCAGCAGCGGGAAUGGAUUUGAAAGAGUAGCUGCUAACGACCACCGAGAAGGGCGGAUCUGACUCAAUUUCCAUUUCUCACAAAAAUCAUUGCCAUUUCACGAUCUUUUUCCACCACCCCGAAGAAAAACUCCUCCACUCCUCUGUGAACUCAAAAAAGAAAGACCGACCUUUCGUUUUCAGAGAGAACAAAUGAAGGGGAGAGAUGCGAUUCAUCAACAAAGAGAUAGGGAUAAGGAUUCGCAGGCGAGACAGAUAUGGAAUUCACGGAGGAAGGUCAAUGUGUAGCUGGGCUGGAGGAAAGAUUGAAUGGAAAAGAAUGUCGACUUCUUGGAAUGGAUGCAAAGGCUCAGUAAAUUUCAUAGAAAGAAGAUUGAGAGAAUUGCGUAUAUACAUCAAAGGAAGCACAAAAGAUGGACGUCACUCAUGUGCUAAUGGUUUCAAGCGAUGCAAGGCACCCUGCUUUCUUUCUUUGUACGGAGGGCCGGCCCCCGGCCCACCCAACUCUUCUUAGAUGGGGCAAGCGCCAGACCGACCAGCAGGAGUAGGAUCUGAGUUUCACGAUAUUCUGUUCUGAGUCUCGGCCUUCAUUCACAUUCAAUCAAUCAAAAGAAAAAUGCUGACUCUUCUUUCUAUAUGCAAUUCUAUCUCCACAACAACUUUCAAUUGGGCCCCGGCGCGAGACGUGAAAUCACAAUAGGCGGGCUCCUGAAAAAAGCAAUCUUUCUUUGCUACGCAAUCUUCAGUCAACCUUUAUGCAUGAGAGGACUCCACUACUAGGUGGGGAUGAAUGAAACAGAUACAGAUACGCUGAGAUUCUUACCACCGUCGCUUCGCGCCUUGCUAAAGGUCCUCUCUCUUUCUCUAGAAGUCCACUUCCAUGAAUCAUUCGUACAUUCAUGUGAUGAUGAGGCGAAGGGCCAAACUACCUGACUGAAACAGCGAUUGCAGUGAACUGCUAAGCUGGAGUUCGGAAGUCCAAACCUACCAAACAAAGUGAGACUUAGACUCGGCAGACCAUCCAAGCACAAGGUAACAGAACAAAGUGAGCAAGCUCGCAUAAAGCGAUUAUGCUCACUAAUCUUUGCCUCUGCUGGAGGUUCUACCACGCAAACGUUUCAAUUUGCAAAAAAACCUUUAGCAAGCUCGUUAGCAAGUAGCGAGUCCCCGCUUUAAGGUGAGAAAGUCAAGCCAGUCCCGAAAGCUAGAUUCCCAAUUCGGUGUGAAAAGCAUAGGUCCAGCUUGUUUGAGCCAGGAUUCUUUUGUCAACCAUUCCCGUAUUCCACUCGAAGGGAUAUGCGUUCUAGCUGCGGAUGUAGCCUAGCCUGAAUUUAGAUAGGUAGGAAUAAUGAGGCAAGAGUUUGAUUCUGAAAGAAAAGGCAAGAGUUUUGCUGUUUUUCUUCAAUUGAAGUUGAAAAGCGAGCGGAUAUGAUUAGGAGCGAUACUUGAGCCUAACCCUUGGAUUCUUAGAACUCUCCGUUGCUUUCUUGAUCUUUCCCGCUGUCACUAGUGAUGGCAUUCGAACAGAGGAUUGAAUCAGACCAUACCUAUUGAACCUCGCCUACUGGAACUUUCCCUUGAACUUGUCUCAGUGAAACUCUCGCCUUGAACUGGGGAUAGCUUCUACUUAAGAAUCGCAUCUUACCUUUUCAAUUUCUAUAACGGGGUCUGAUUCCGGUUCUAAAAGCACUUUAGAUGGCUCAAACUAGAGAUUUAGGGUCUCAGAGUGAAGAGCUGGUGCUUUACGCUUAGGCACCUUGUUGAUGAUCUGGACGUACUUUUUCAUUUCAUUCGGUUGCCCUGUUUCAGUCCUUCUGGAAAAGAUUCGUUACCCUAUUUUGACUUGCUUCUCAACAAGCUACUAAUUUGAAUGGACGCUUCCCAACCACCGGUAUCUAGAUUAAGUAACGAAGGCUACAACUGGGACUCAAAAAAAAGAGAGUCCAAAAAAAAGGGAAUCUAUCCGGCCUGUCCGCCACAACCAGAAAAUAAAAAGUCUAGAAAAAAAUCUAUAUAGAUCUUUCUACUCUAUAUAGACUCUGUCUUUCUUUUCCUAUCAAGCCGUUCAACUUUGAAAAAGGCGCGAAGCGUCUGUGUCAAAUCGGGUGUUCAGUCUACCGCGUUCAAGCUAUCGAAAAUCAUGCCAUUCUCCCAUCAGACUCUUGUUGGAAAAACCAACGCCAAGGCGAUGAUCAGUCUCUUUUAGGGAGCAGAGCAGUCACAGAAUGGAAAUCCAAAUGAUGUUUGACUUCUUCAGGAUAGAUGAUUUGACCAUAAACGGAGUACAAGGUGAAGCCUAUAGGGAUGCCCUGGAUCUAGCGGGGAUAGGUCCCAGCCCACUUGAGCAAUUUGCCAUUCUCCCGUUGAUUCCUAUUCAGAUAGGGGACUUUUCUUUCUCAUUCACAAAUCCAUCUUUGUUUAUGCUGCUCACUCUCGGUUUGGUCCUACUUCUGAUUUAUUUUGUUACGAAAAAAGGGGGGGGAAAGUCAGUGCCAAAUGCUUGGCAAUCCUUGGUAGAGCUUAUUCAUGAUUUCGUGCCGAACCUGGUAAACGAACAAAUAGGUGGUCUUUCCGGAAAUGUGAAACAAAAGUUUUUCCCUCGCAUCUCGGUCACUUUUACUUUUUCGUUAUUUCGUAAUCCCCAGGGUAUGAUACCCUUUAGCUUCACAGUAACAAGUCAUUUUCUCAUUACUUUGGCUCUCUCAUUUUCCAUUUUUAUAGGCAUUACGAUCGUUGGAUUUCAAAGACAUGGGCUUCAUUUUUUUAGCUUCUCAUUACCCGCAGGAGUCCCACUGCCAUUAGCACCCUUUUUAGUACUCCUUGAGCUAAUCCCUCAUUGUUUUCGUGCAUUAAGCUCAGGGAUACGUUUAUUUGCUAAUAUGAUGGCCGGUCAUAGUUCAGUAAAGAUUCUCAGUGGGUUUGCUUGGACUAUGCUAUUAAUGAAUAAUCUUAUCUAUUUCAUAGGAGAUCUUGCGUCAUGUUAA